CUUGCGUGCGGACACAGAUCUCGCCAGUCGUCUGCAUUCCGAUUUUAGUUUUAAUUUUAUUUAAAUAUACCUAGAUUAGGUACCAACCCCAGUAUUAUGCAGUAUCCGCAAGUAGUUAUAGUGUUGUUAGUAUUAUCAUUCCACAAUGGUCUCACCGACGAUGGCAUGUGCCUGGCUAAAGAACCGUGCAAAGAAUCACCUGAUCCUGAUGAGCCCAAGAUAGAUCUGUACAAGGCCGCUGACAAUAAGUACGUAACACUUAUCCAGGAAGCUUUGGCUUCCUACACACCGUGCCGGCAAGCAAAUUGUUCUUGCCACGCGGAUGUCCUGAAAUCAGAUCUGCGGCCGUUCAAAACCGGAAUCACUCAGCAGAUGGUUGAAAGAGCCCGUUCGUACGGAACAAAGUAUCAAAUCGUGAACCAUCGUCUGUACCGCCAGAAGGAUUGCAUGUUUCCGGCGCGAUGCUCUGGAGUGGAGCAUUUUAUCAAACCGAACCUACCGAAUCUCCCGAAUAUGGAGCUGAUCAUAAACUGUCGCGAUUGGCCUCAGAUCAACCGACACUGGGGACAUCAGGAGAAACUGGUGGUGCUGUCUUUUAGUAAAACUGAAGAUUACCUGGAUAUUAUGUAUCCAACGUGGGGCUUUUGGGAGGGUGGACCGGCAAUUUCGCUUUAUCCCACCGGAUUGGGACGAUGGGAUCAGCACAGGGUUUCGAUCAAGAAAGCAGCUGAAUCGUGGCCGUGGAAGAAGAAGAAAGGCAGAGGGUUUUUCCGAGGUUCAAGGACGUCUGACGAGCGUGACCCGUUGGUGUUGCUAUCGCGCAGUAAACCCGAGCUGGUCGAUGCUCAGUAUACGAAGAACCAAGCGUGGAAAACGCCACAGGAUACGCUGAACGCGGAACCGGCCAAGGAGGUUCGAUUGGAAGAUCACUGUCAAUACAAGUACUUGUUCAAUUUCCGCGGAGUGGCGGCAAGUUUCCGGUUCAAGCAUCUGUUCCUUUGUCGGUCGUUGGUGUUUCACGUGGGCAGCGAGUGGCAGGAGUUUUUCUAUCCGUCGCUGAAGCCGUGGGUGCACUACGUUCCGGUUCGGGUCGGUGCCAGCCAGGGAGAGCUGGAGCAGCUGAUCCGGUUCUUUGCCGAGCAUGACGAUUUGGCUCGCGGGAUUGCCGACCGAGGGUACGAGCAUGUGUGGAACCAUCUGCGGAUGCAGGAUGUCGAGUGCUACUGGCGGCAGCUGCUCAGGCGCUAUGGGAAGCUGAUCAAGUAUGAGGUGAAGCGGGAUGAUAGUUUGAUUGAGGUGUUCUGAAAAAGCGUUUGAGUCUCGAAUGAAAGGACGAAUGAAGCGCUAUACGUUUCUAAGUCGAACAAUGGAUUUGGUCCUAAGGAUCCAUUUAUUAUGUCACGCUAAAUUGAGGAAAAACCACCCUCCCCCCUUUCGUUACGUUUUUUGCUAUACCUGAUUCA